AUGGCGCCCAUUGAGUUGGUUGAAUCGAAAGGCACGGUCGCGGUCUCCGGAGGCCAGGCAACGGAGCCAGAUGAGCUGGUCGAUCGUGGAGCCCGCGCCUGGACAGUCGUGCUGGGAGCUUGGUGCUGUCUCUUCUGCGGCUUUGGCUGGGUGAAUGCCAUCGGCAUCUUUCAAGAGUAUUACCAAAACCACCAAUUACGCUCAUACUCGUCCUCGAGCAUCGCCUGGAUUCUAUCCUUAGAACCGUUUGUGCUCUUUGCAGCCGGACUGGUCAUUGGCAGAGUAUUCGAUAAUCAUGGACCCAAGUGGCUGCUGCUCAUCGGGACCUUCCUGCAUGUCUUCGGGCUGAUGAUGACCUCGAUUUCCAAGGAGUACUACCAAUUCCUCCUUGCCCAAGGGAUCUGCAGCCCGCUAGGAGCCAGCUUGGUCUUCUCUCCCGCGCUCUCCUGUGUCGCCACAUGGUUCGACAAACGCCGUGCCUUGGCCUUUGGUGUCGUAUCCAGCGGCUCCUCGCUGGGCGGCGUCGUGUUUCCAACGAUGCUGUCGCGACUCUUGCCUACGAUUGGCUUUGGAUGGACACUGCGCAUCACCGCCUUCAUCAUUCUUGCCCUCCUGAUCAUUGCCAAUCUGACGGUCCGGUCGAGAAUUGCACCGGUCCCGCGGCCCGUCAAGUUCAGUGAUUACACAAGUCCGUUCUCCGAGAUCCCGUUUGUCCUGCUCAUGCUGGCGUCCUGUUGUGGAUUCUUUGCCAUGUUUGUGCCAAUCAAUUAUAUCGUGCUUGAAGCCCAGCAAGAUGGAAUUGACCGUGACCUCGCUGGGUAUCUCUUGACUAUACUGAAUGCCGCCAGUCUCCCGGGCCGAAUUCUACCGGGCUAUCUCGGCGACAAACUGGGACGCUUCAAUAUCAUGAUCGCCAUGUGCUCCCUGUCCGCGGUUGUGAUUCUGGCUCUGUGGCUUCCGAGCACGCUCCUCUCGCCCGGCAGUGUUGCGGUCUACGUUAUCUUCAGCAUGAUGUAUGGCUUUGCCUCCGGUGCGUUUGUGGGCAUGGUCCCGGCGCUGCUGAGCCAGAUUUCGCCCGAUGUGACCAAGAUCGGGGUUCGACAGGGUGUCUUGUUUACCUGUAUCAGUAUUGCCUCGCUGACGGGUAGUCCCAUUGCGGGCGCCAUCUUAAACAGCCAGAACGGCACCUAUUGGGGAUUACAGGUCUUUGCUGGGGCCAUGAUGACUGCCGGGGUGCUUUUCUUCGUGGCUGGGAGGAUGGUUCUUGCGGGCCCCUCGAUGGCGAAAAAGGUUUAA